AGCGCGGCAGCGAGCGGGCAGCAGGACAAGGCUGACGGUUGGCACUGCACACGCUCAACACCCUGCUCUCGUGCCGCUCUCUCGAGGUCUGCACGCCUGGGUGCCCCAGACUCCCCGCCACGCCCCGCAUCCCGCAGGCCAGCAGCCGCGCGACCGCCGCCGCCGUGCCCUAGGCAGUGCGGUUCGCCUCACCCCGCCCCAUCCCUCCUCGCCCCGCCCACCCAGGUCCGCCCCGCGCCGCCCCGCGGCACCAAGCGGUUCCCGCCCUCGCCCAGCGCCCAGGUAGCUGCGAGGAAACUUUUGCAGCGGCCAGGGUAGCAGCAGGUCUCUAGCUCUUCAGGGCCACUGCCAGGCUUGCCGAGUUCCGGGACCACUCCUGCUUCUACUGCCACUCUCUCGCGCUCUCCUCGCUCCCCAGCGAAGCAGGAUGGCCGGGACCGUGCGUACCGCGUGCUUGCUGGUGGCGAUGCUGCUGAGCCUGGACUGCCUGGGACAGGCGCAGCCCCCGCCGCCUCCAGACGCCACCUGUCACCAGGUCCGCUCUUUCUUCCAGAGACUGCAGCCGGGACUCAAAUGGGUCCCCGAAACCCCGGUGCCAGGAUCAGAUUUGCAAGUGUGUCUCCCCAAGGGCCCAACAUGCUGUUCAAGAAAGAUGGAAGAAAAAUACCAACUAACAGCACGUCUGAACAUGGAACAACUGCUUCAGUCUGCAAGCAUGGAGCUCAAGUUCUUAAUUAUUCAGAAUGCUGCAGUUUUCCAAGAGGCCUUUGAAAUUGUUGUUCGCCAUGCCAAGAACUACACCAAUGCCAUGUUCAAGAACAACUACCCGAGCCUGACUCCCCAAGCUUUUGACUUUGUGAGUGAAUUUUUCACCGAUGUGUCUCUCUACAUCUUGGGUUCUGAUAUCAACGUAGAUGAUAUGGUUAAUGAACUGUUUGACAGCCUGUUUCCAGUCAUCUAUACCCAGCUAAUGAACCCAGGUCUGCCCGAGUCAGCUUUAGACAUCAAUGAGUGCCUCCGAGGAGCAAGACGUGACCUGAAAGUAUUUGGCAGUUUCCCCAAGCUUAUUAUGACCCAAGUUUCCAAGUCAUUGCAAGUUACUAGAAUCUUCCUUCAGGCUCUGAAUCUAGGAAUUGAAGUGAUCAAUACAACCGAUCAUCUCAAGUUCAGUAAGGACUGCGGCCGUAUGCUCACCAGGAUGUGGUACUGCUCUUACUGCCAGGGACUGAUGAUGGUUAAGCCUUGUGGUGGCUAUUGCAACGUGGUCAUGCAAGGCUGUAUGGCAGGUGUGGUAGAGAUCGACAAGUACUGGAGAGAAUACAUUCUUUCUCUCGAAGAACUCGUGAACGGCAUGUACAGAAUCUAUGACAUGGAGAAUGUACUGCUUGGACUCUUUUCCACGAUCCAUGAUUCCAUCCAGUAUGUCCAGAAGAAUGGAGGCAAGCUGACCACCACCAUUGGCAAGUUAUGUGCCCACUCUCAACAACGUCAGUAUAGAUCUGCUUAUUAUCCUGAAGACCUGUUUAUUGACAAGAAGGUCUUAAAAGUUGCCCAUGUAGAACAUGAAGAAACCUUAUCCAGCCGAAGACGGGAACUGAUUCAGAAGUUGAAAUCUUUCAUCAGUUUCUACAGUGCUCUGCCUGGCUAUGUCUGCAGCCACAGCCCGGUGGCCGAGAAUGACACCCUGUGCUGGAAUGGACAAGAGCUCGUGGAGAGAUACAGCCAGAAGGCAGCUAGGAAUGGAAUGAAGAAUCAGUUUAACCUCCAUGAGCUGAAAAUGAAGGGCCCUGAGCCGGUGGUUAGUCAGAUUAUUGAUAAACUGAAGCACAUCAACCAGCUCCUGAGAACCAUGUCUGUGCCCAAAGGUAAGGUCCUAGAAAAAACCCUGGAUGAGGAAGGAUUUGAAAGUGGAGACUGUGGUGACGAUGAAGAUGAGUGCAUUGGAGGAUCUGGUGAUGGAAUGAUGAAAGUGAAGAAUCAGCUCCGCUUCCUUGCAGAACUGGCGUAUGAUCUGGAUGUGGACGAUGCUCCUGGGAGCAAGCAACAUGUGAAUCCGAAGGACAAUGAGAUCACUGCCUCCCACAAUGUGGGGAACACGCCUUUCCCCCUGAAGAUGCUGACCAGCAUGGCCGUCUAUGUGGCGUGCUUUUUCUUUCUGGUCCACUGACUUGCCAGUGCUCUGAACCCUGUGCUGCUCUGCAGCACCUUGUGGCCUUCCUCCAUAAAGGGAGCCACCCUCUUAUUUUUUUUUCUAUUUUUUAAAUUUUCUCUGCCUCCUCCAGCCAUUAAGUAGAAGACUAACCAUGUGUUACGUAUUCGAAAAUCAAAUGGCAUCUUUACGAGGAAGGUGAAUUUUAGUGAUAGUAUAGAUUGUCUUUUUGCAAAAAAAACCAAAAAACAAAAAACAAAAAACAAAAAAAACAAACAAACAAAAAAAAAAGCCUUCAAGUUGUGCCAAAUUAUUUUCCUAUGUUUGUCUGCUAGACAUGGUUAUCAUGUUCCUCUCUCUCUCUCUCUUCUUUCUUUAACUGCAUGGAUUUCUUUUGAAAAAAAAUAAACAUUCAAAUAAAAA